AGGUUAAUUGAUCUAUCCAAAAUGAACUUGCGGCUGCUUGCGGCGCUCGGGGCGCUGCUGUGCGUCUGCUGCAGCAUCGAGGAGGGCUCAGCUUAUACGUUCAGGACUUUCAUGGGCGCGGAAAUUGCCACAACUGCGAUCUCGAGCAGCGCGCUCGUGCAGCGUCCGUGCGAGUGUCGCGCGCUGUGCGGGGACGGAUGCGUCGCGGUGGCCAUCAGGCGUCAGCCACCACGCCACUUCCACUGCUCCUUCACUGACAAAACCUUCGCUGAUGUCACCACCGGACUUACGGUCCCUGCUCUCGACAGCAGGGUUUUCUACAAACGCCUGGGAUGCCUGCCUGGCUUCACGCUCGUGGACAACGUGGGCUGCAUUUACGUCUCCACCGUCGCACUGAACUUCACCGCCGCCGCCGCGUCCUGUCCCUUCGACUCCCAACUCUUCACCGCCAACUUCCUCAUCGACUUCAACGCCAUGCGGGAAUACCUCCUGAGGAAUUUCUCUACCUCGCGCUUGCGGUUCUGGAUUGGCCUGAUCCGUGCUACGGACUCCACUUGGCAAUGGCUCGGAGGCGGGACCAUCCCAACCACUCACCCAUCACCAUACUGGGGGCAAAAUGACCCGAAUAACCCAGCGCCCAGUUGUGGGGGAAUACAUUUUGAGCCUGGAGUGAGUUACUUGUAUCAUCUGGCCGAUGCACCUUGUGCCACAGCCUACAAGUUCCUGUGUAAGCAAAUUUGAAGCCAAUGACUUGAAAUGACACAAUGCGCCCCUUUUGCCAGCAGCUGACCAAUAACUAUAUUUAUUCUGGCGCAAUUACUUGAAAUUAUCCGAGUUGCUUGCAUACCAGCUAUUCUUAGCAAACAGUAAGAAGCAAAAAUUAGACCGCUGAUAUACGAUACCCCAAACUCUAGCAUUAAAAAUUGAAUGAAGUUAUGUAUAAUUAACGCUUGCAGAAGGCUGAUCGCUGGUUUCCCCUGUAUCAGUGAAUAAAUAGGGUUUAUUUACGUUAAGUCAUCGUUGCAAUGGAAUCGAGAUUCCUGACAAGCAUUAACAAUCAUCGUUUCAUAACCAGAAUUUCCAGUCAUGGCGACAUUUCCCUGAUCCCGUUAAUUUCUCCGCAUCACCACAGAAUGUGCGGCAUGACUUGCAUUAUUUACGAGGUGAUGCAUUGGCGGCUUAAGUGCGAGACUCAAGCUGCUAAAUUUCGUUUACUUAUUAAUCAUCAGUCAGUAAGACGCAUGCAUAUUAAUCAUACUGUAAGUCAGUAGGACACACGCAACAGCCUGCUAUACGAUACAAUACUACCAUCUUCAAGAUAAUCCCUACAAAUAUCUCCACAGUUCAGUUGACAUUAGAAUGAACUUCGACCUUGUAGAAGUUUGACUCGCAAUUAUCAUGUGGCACGGAGUAUCAAAUUCUCAGUUCUACGCAUAACUUCACUUAUGUCUUUAUACUCGUGUUAUUUUCAGCUUGAA